AAAGGAGGCAGAUCCAUGAAUAGCAAUAACAAUAAUAGCAUCAUCGAAGAAGAGAAGAAAAGAGAAGAGAAACAGAAAAGAAUGACAACACUUGGUGGAGCUCGCGACGUGCCUGGAAGCCAAAACAGCCUUGAGAUCGACGCUCUCGCUCGCUUUGCUGUUGAAGAACACAACAAAAAACAGAAUGCACUUCUGGAAUUUGCAAGGGUGAUAAGUGCAAAACAGCAAACGGUUGCUGGUACCUUACACCACAUCACUCUGGAGGUAAAAGAUGGGGCGAAUAAAAAGGUUUAUGAAGCCAAGGUUUGGGAAAAGUCUUGGGAGAACUUCAAGGAGGUGCAAGAGUUCAAGCUCAUCCAAGAUGCUCCUGCGCAGUGAAGUACUUAACUAGGUGACUAAAAAGAAUAAGCAGUAUGUGCCCAGCAUCAGCAUGGCUUGAAGGUGAAAAGCCUAAGGAUCAUGUUAUGUGUAUGUAUGGAAUAAAUCUAAAACAUUGCUUUUGUGAUUUCUUUCUUGUCAAGAGUGUUGGAAUUUUAGUUUCAUCACAAAUCAUAUAUGAAUGAAAUUAGUUUCUUAA